AUGGACUCAGAGUCCAGCACAAAUGGUGUUGUGACGCCCACCACACCGAAGCGCACAUCCACUCUAGCUCUGACAGAAUAUGCAAGCAACCCGACCCCAAACAGGACACCCCCGGUCGAGAGCAAUAGCAAGAUCCCACUCUAUGAUCUACCACGGGACUUCUUAUUGCCCAAUGGAUUCCCUGACUACCUCCGACUUAUUCUCACCUCGCGCGUCUACGAUGUGAUCACUGAGUCACCAUUGUCCCAUGCAGUCAACCUAUCCAACAGAUUAGAGUGCAAGGUGUUGUUGAAACGGGAGGACCUGUUGCCAGUCUUCUCUUUCAAGCUAAGAGGCGCAUACAAUAAAAUGGCACACCUAAGUGACAAGGCCAAGUGGAAGGGCGUGAUAGCUUGCUCAGCUGGGAACCACGCACAGGGCGUCGCAUAUUCAGCGAGACACCUCAAGAUUCCAGCAACCAUUGUCAUGCCAAGCGGCACCCCAGCCAUCAAGCACAAGAAUGUGAGUAGGUUAGGUGGAGCUGUCGUGCUGCAUGGCCCUGACUUCGACUCGGCCAAAGAGCAUUGCUACCUGCUCGAGAAGCAGUAUGGCUUGACGAACAUUCCUCCGUUUGACGACCCGUACGUGAUAGCCGGACAAGGAACGAUAGGCCUGGAGCUGCUACGGCAGACAUCCUUACAGAAUCUGCAUGCUAUCUUCUGUUGCGUAGGUGGAGGUGGCUUGACAGCUGGGAUAGGCAUAUAUGUCAAGCGUAUAGCACCUCAUGUCAAAAUUAUAGGCGUCGAGGCUAACGACGCCAACGCUAUGGUUCAAUCACUAAAAGCUGGGAGGAGAGUAUUCCUGAAAGAUGUCGGUCUUUUCGCAGAUGGCGCCGCAGUAAAGACAGUCGGCGAAGAAACAUUCAGGAUAUGUCAGGAAGUCGUGGACGAUGUGGUCAUGGUCACCACAGACGAAAUCUGCGCCGCCAUAAAAGACACCUUCGAAGACACAAGAUCCAUUCUCGAACCUGCAGGAGCUCUGAGUCUGGCUGGCCUCAAGAAGUGGGUGGCCGAGAAUCCAUCAGAAGACCCAAACAGAGAGCUUGUUGCCAUCACGUCAGGUGCAAACAUGAACUUUGACCGACUACGCUUUGUGGCCGAACGUGCAAGUCUGGGUGAACAGAAAGAGGCGCUGUUGGCAAUCACCAUUCCCGAAAAGCCCGGUUCCUUUGCCGCUCUCAUCGAAGCCAUCUUACCCGCCGCUUGUACAGAGUUCUCCUAUCGCUACAGCACAUCCGACCCUUCCAAAGCCCAUAUUCUAAUAGGUGUGUCCAUCUCCAACGCCUCAUCUCGCUCCUCAGAGCUGGCCUCUCUCUUUCUUCGCCUGGAGCAAGGAGGCAUGGCUGCCCGAGACAUAUCCAGCGACGAACUAGCAAAGACGCACAUCCGCUAUCUCAACGGCGGUAGAUCUUCCGUCGCUGACGAAAAAUUGUUCAUGUUCGAGUUUCCAGAACGUCCUGGAGCUCUAUUCAAAUUCCUGAGGACAUUGCGUCCAGGUCAAAAUAUCAGUUUGUUCCAUUACAGGAAUUAUGGCGGUGAUGUCGGUAGGAUAUUGGCUGGUAUUCAAUGUCCUGAAAGUGAAAGGGGAGAACUGAAGAAGUUUCUGAAUGAUAUUGAGUACCCUUGGACCGAGUGUACAGACAAUGAGACGUAUAAGACGUUCUUAAGGGAGUAG